AUGUCUGAGAUAACAGGAACCAUUCCAUUUGUCUACGGCGGCGAGACCUACCAUACAUGGUACAAGGUUGCCGGUGACCUGCAAUCAGGCGUCCGUCCUCUAAUAGCUCUCCAUGGUGGGCCUGGCAUCUCCCAUCGCUACAUGCUUCCGCAUGCCUCCUUGUCCAAAUCCCAUAACAUUCCCGUCAUAUUCUACGAUCAGAUAGGCAUCGGCCAGUCGUCUCACCCCAAGGAUAAAUCGAAGGAGUUCUGGUCCGUGGACCUUUUCAUGGAUGAGCUCGACAAUCUCCUUGAUCAUUUCAAAAUUCGCGAUAACUUCGAUCUCCUCGGGCACUCCUGGGGCGGCAUGUUGGCCGCUCACUAUGCUGGCUAUCGUCGCCCCUCCGGCAUGAAGCAUCUUAUCAUUGGAAACGCGAGCGCAUCUAUGGAGGAGAUGUUGAGGCGGCACGAGAGGGAGGGCACGACGGAUAGCAAGGAAUACCAGGAAGGGAUGCAGGUCUUCUACCAGAAGCACGUCUGCGCGAUGAAUCCGUGGCCCGAGCUGUUGUUGGAAUCGUUCGCAGCUAUGUCAGAGGAUCCUACCGUCUACAGCACCAUGAUUGGCCCCUCCGAGUUCAACAUCGUCGGUACGCUCCGAACGUGGUCGUGCAUCGAUCAGUUGCAUAACAUAGCGGCAUCAACGCUGCUGAUCAAUGCCGAGGAGGACGAGGCACAGGACAUCAACUUCAUACCCAUAUUCCAGAGUGUUUCCCGUGUCAAGUGGGUUCAGCUCACGCAUUGCACACACAUCCCAUUUUUCGAGGCGCCGGGCAGAUACUUCGAGAUCUUGAGCGAUUUCCUUCUAAAUGUAUGA